UCCUGCAAAUCCCAGGAUUCCAUAGCACUGAUCCAAGGCAGAUAAAAGGGGCGUGGAACUGUAUUAUUUCUACAGUGUAGAUGCACACAGAUACCAAGCUAGGUCCUACAGAAUCCUGGGACUUGUAGUUUGUUGUAGUACAAGAGACCCCUAGUGACAGAGGCUAAAUGACUCACAAAACUACAAAUCCCAGAAGUCCAUAGCGGUGGAGUUGUGGCAGUUAAAGUGGUGCUAAAUUCCACAGUGCAGACGUAACCUAAGUCUUGGGCCUUGAUUUGUUGGCGUUUGUAGGCCAGGCUGGACCAGGCCUGGAUUAAGGGCCAACUGUCUCUCAGGGGGUCAUUUGCCCCCUAAAACCAUAGGACUCUGGGCACUUUAGUAGAAGUGUUUUGUUGAACCAAACCCAAACCACCGAGGCCUUCACAAGUGUGUUUUUGUGAGGUUCCCCCUUUCAAAAGCCCCAAAACAGGCCCAUCAUGCCAGGGCCGCUUCCCAAAAUCAAGGUGAUUCCACCUCCGGAGAAUGAUGUGCACCAGGUGCCCAAGUCGGCCCGGAAAGGGCCGGCCUUCUGGACCGAUGCCACGGGGGCCGCGCAGAAGCCACGCAGGGAGCCCCUGCCGCCCCAGCCCCCACCCCCACCCGUCUGGGAGAUCCAGGACAAGGUCCCCCCGCCCCCCAAAAUUUUUGGCGCCGUCAGUUGGUGGCAGAUAUCCACAGGCAUCUUGUUGCUUCUGGCAUUUAUCUUGUUCGUCAUUCUGAUAAGUCUGAUUGUUGCCUACAUGCAGGAAGCAGACAAGAUCAUUGCUAACUUACCAGAAACUGAGCGCAUAGAAAAAAGGCUGAUGGAGGCUGUGAGACAGCAUUACAUGCAGGCCAAGAGACCCUCAGCAUGUAAACCCUGCCACAACAGCUGGAUGCAGUUGGCUGACUCCUGCUACCUGGGCACCGCCGAGAAGAUGCACUGGGAGAAAUGCAUUGAGCAUUGCGAGUCCUACGGAGCCAGUUUUCUGAUAGCAAGAACAGAAGCAGAAAUGGAAUUCCUGCUUGUGGAGACCAGUAAGUGGCUGACCGAAGAGUACAACUGGCGUAUAUCUGGAAAUUACUGGAUCGGUUUGAAGUACAACGUGACUGACAAUGUCUGGCACUGGGCUGAUGGGAAUUAUUUGCACCUCAGACUGCCUAAAUUGUCCAGAGAGAAUGACAUGAGCAUGGAUUACUGCGUCAUGCUCGGCAAUGGGAAUGUACUCACCAGGGGAUGCACCUCUCUGAACCGUUGUUUGUGUAAGAAAGCGGUCCAGUGAAUACGGCGGCGUAACCAAAGAUGCCUCCCUAGAGAACCUACAACUCUUCUUUCACUUGUUUGGCAGCCUCUUUCGCCAAAUAGAAAUAUCACUGGGCCUGGGAAGAAACAGACCUGGAUAAAGGGCUUUCCCUUCUCUACCAAGUUGCAUGUUUUUUCUCUUUUAGGCUGUGCUGUUUUGAAGCUACGCUUUUAAAUUAACGUUUCAUACGGUUUCAGUUUGGUAAGCAGUUUAAAGGUUGUUUAAUCUUUUUUCCAAAAUUAUUAAGAAUUUUCUAAAGUCAUGUAUGAAAAAUGAAAUUACAUACAUUCUCUACAUAAUGAACAUUCAUGACAUACAUGACCUUUAAAUUAAAAUUGCAUUUCUCACAUUCAGAAUCCAAGAUGUAUGCCUAAGAUUCUGAAUAUGAGAAAUACAGUGUUUAUGUAAAUGUCAUGUAUGUCACAAAUGUUCAUUAUGUUGAGAAUGUAUGUAUCUUUUUUUUUUGCACAAAUCUUCACAAAUUCAUUAAAUCCACAAAAACAACCAGACCUAAAUCAUUUCUAUCCUGCUAUCUGCCUUGAUCUUUGGAAAGGCAGGCUAGAAAUCAAGAUUUCAUUUAUUUUAUUUUAUUAUUUAAUUUCUAUCCUAACAUCCAAAACAUCAUUUAUUACUUUCUCAUCUACAGUCUUUUGGAUGUUGUCUCAGUUUUUCUGCUUCUUCGUGUUAUAUCUUUUUAACUAUACACUAUUCUUCUAUUCUUUUUCUGUUAAUAUACUAUAUCCUGAAAUACUUGUAAACAAAAUACUAUAUCAUUUCUAUCCGCUAAUUGGUAAGGAGAUAAACAGUUGCUUUUCAAUUAAAUAUUUGAAUUGGUUGCUAUUAUAUUGCCCAACUCCUGUUUCAAAUGUUUUAGUCAUUGUUGUUUAAUCUUACCUUUUGGUGUGUUCCAUGUGGUUUUACUUGUUAUUUGUAUUUAUUCUGUAAGCCUCCUUGAUUCCCACUCUUUGGGAAAAGGAAGAAUAUAAAUAAAGUGAUGCAUUGAU